UAGUAUAGCAUAGGAUAGCAUUCAUAGGAUCAAAGAAGAAGAAAAGGCAGAGUCAGAGUCUCCUCACUCUUUAGUCUUCUCAAGGUGCAUGAAAUUUCAAUUCCAAUUUCCUAUGGACUAUGCUUACAAGCCCAUUCAACAAAGUGAAUCCGUUGCCGUAGCAGAUUCCACCCCUCGCUAAGCUUCUAACUAACUUCACUUUCCCUCCAAACCUCUCUAACAGCUUCUAACAAACUAACGCCUCACCUCGCCAUGCUGGAUCUCAACCUCAACGCCGAUUCCGCCUCCCACACGCCGCCGCUCUCCGCCGCGCAAAUGGAGAGCUCCGGAAGCUUCAAUUCCUCCGUCGUCAAUGCCGCCGACACCGAAGACUCCUGCUCCUUCGGCGACGCCGUCGCCUACAACUUCGCCAUCCUCAACACCGCCUCCGCCGUCGACGACGCCGCCACCUCCGCCGCGCUCCAUCUCGCCGGAGAAUCCUCUCUCCGGACCAUCCAGCUCUUUCCGCCCGCCCAAUCCGGAGACACUCCUCCGGGAUGGCUGGACUUCUCCUCCAUGGACCCGCACCACCGCGGCGCUGCCGCGCCGGAGCAGAGGAUCGCUCCCCGGCAACCGCAGGUCAAGAAGAGCCGCCGCGGACCGCGGUCGCGGAGCUCGCAGUAUCGCGGCGUUACUUUCUACCGGAGAACGGGGAGAUGGGAAUCGCACAUUUGGGAUUGCGGGAAACAGGUGUACUUGGGUGGAUUCGACACAGCGCAUGCUGCAGCUAGGGCGUACGAUCGAGCUGCAAUCAAGUUCCGUGGAGUUGAUGCGGAUAUCAAUUUCAACGUUAGCGAUUACGAUGAAGAUAUAAAGCAGAUGAGUAAUUUCACGAAGGAUGAGUUUGUGCAUAUUCUGCGUCGACAGAGCACUGGCUUUUCGAGGGGAAGCUCAAAAUACAGGGGAGUUACUCUUCAUAAGUGCGGGCGGUGGGAAGCUCGCAUGGGACAGUUUCUUGGGAAAAAGUAUAUAUAUCUGGGGCUAUUUGACAGCGAGUUAGAGGCUGCAAGGUUUUAUCAAUCCUAUAUCAGAACAUCUCAGACUAAAUUCCUAAACAUUUUGGAUUCCAUAUAUUUAUUUACACACACAUUUUGUGUCAUUGACUUGCUGUGUAAUAAUUCCAGAGCUUAUGAUAGGGCUGCUAUCAAGUGCAAUGGAAGGGAAGCAGUUACAAACUUCGAGCCCAGCUUGUAUGAAGGGGAUAUGAUUUCUCAGUCUGAUAAUGAAGAUAGUAAGCAAAAUCUUGAUCUUAACUUGGGCAUAGCUCCCCCUUCUUACACUGACGGUCAAAUCAAGAACACACCCAACAAUGGGAGUGGUUUGAAGGUUCCGCACGGCUGGGACCAAAUACCUGUCGAUAAGAGAGUUAUGCUUGAGCACUCUGGAUCAAGAUCACUGCCUGUUCAGCCACCUCCUGGCUUCUCCAUGGCAUCCGAGCGUCAUUCUUCCGUCUGGAGUGGUAGCAAUUUCUUUCCCAUCUGUGAGGAAACAGCAAUAGAGAAGAGGAUGGAAGCUGGUCCCAUGCCAAAUUGGGCAUGGCAAGUCCAAGGUCCUUACGGCGGGGCAACUCUUACUCCACCGUUCUCUACUGCAGCAUCAUCAGGAUUCCCUUCAACAAUAAUACCAUCAGCUGCGGACAGUCAAAUUCAUUUUCCAAGCAUGACAUUCCUCCACCCACAUUUUCCACCAUCAAUCACUAACUCCAGCACCGUAUCCACUUUCUACUGCGGUACCUAAAAGUAUUGCCAGGUAGAGCAAUGGUACAAUUGCAAAUCUUCUUGACUUCAGCGUAUGGUUGAUAAACUAGUAGGACUAUAAGUAGCAAUUGUCUGAUUGAAUUGCUUGGGUCUAGAGAUUUUUACUAUUUUGUCCUCCAAUAUACUAAUUUUCUUCGAUGUAAAGAAAUGCCAUGCCGCGAAGGCAUGUUGAUGUUGAACUCUGCUUUUUCUGAUUUGAGACUAUUAUAACAAGCAAGCAUUUACUUUGGUAUCUCCAACAUUCAACCUCGGUGCUUUUCUUUUCUAUCUAGAAAAUACUUGAAAAAGAUGACGGUGAUCUUUGAAGAGACGGGAUUUGAGCGCAUGCUAAGUGCAAUCCGUAUUUGUGGGUCAUUGUUUUUAAUUUUCUUUGCUUUUGUUGGUGUUUAUUAUUGCCGACAAAACACUAUUCACAAUUUUUGGAUUGAAUCCCAUCACAUGGUUAU